UACUCCUCUCCCCACUGCGCCCGCGCCCGGCCACCGGGCCCCCACGCGCGGCCCAUGUCCUCCGCGCCGCUGCGCUCGCCCACCCUACGGCCCCACAAGAUGAAGAAGGACGAGUCGUUCCUGGGCAAGCUGGGCGGCACGCUGGCGAGGAAGAAGAAGGCCAAAGAGGUGAGUGACCUGCAGGAAGAAGGCAAAAAAGCCAUCAACUCUCCGAUGUCCCCUGCCUUGGUGGAUAUUCGCCCUGAAGACACCCAGCUAGAGGAGAACGAGGAGCGCACGAUGAUCGACCCCACCUCCAAGGAUGACCCCAAAUUCAAGGAGCUGGUCAAGGUUCUCAUUGACUGGAUCAACGACGUCCUGGUGGAGGAGAGGAUCAUCGUGAAGCAGCUGGAGGAGGACCUGUAUGACGGCCAGGUGCUACAGAAGCUCUUGGAAAAACUGGCGGGCUGCAAGCUGAAUGUGGCCGAGGUGACACAGUCCGAAAUUGGGCAGAAGCAGAAGCUGCAGACGGUUCUGGAAGCGGUGCACGACGUGCUGCGGCUCCACGGCCGGGCGCUCCAGUGGAACGUGGACUCGAUUCACGGGAAGAACCUGGUGGCCAUCCUCCACCUCCUCGUGUCCCUGGCCGUGCACUUCCGGGCCCCGAUCCGCCUCCCAGAGCAUGUCUCCGUGCAAGUGGUGGUCGUGCGGAAGAGGGAAGGCCUGCUGCAUUCCAGCCACGUCACGGAGGAGCUGACCACGACCACAGAGAUGAUGAUGGGUCGGUUUGAACGGGACGCCUUCGACACCCUCUUCGACCACGCCCCAGACAAGCUCAGCGUGGUGAAGAAGUCGCUCAUCACGUUUGUGAACAAGCAUCUGAACAAGCUGAAUCUGGAGGUGACAGAACUGGAGACGCAGUUUGCAGAUGGUGUGUACCUGGUCCUGCUCAUGGGCCUCCUGGAAGACUACUUCGUCCCCCUGCACAACUUCUACCUGACCCCUGAGAGCUUCGAUCAGAAGGUCCACAACGUGGCGUUUGCCUUCGAGCUGAUGCUGGAUGGAGGGCUCAGGAAACCCAAGGCUCGCCCUGAAGAUGUGGUGAACCUGGACCUCAAAUCUACUCUGCGGGUGCUUUACAACCUGUUCACCAAGUACAAGAACCUGGAGUGACGGCGGGGAGCGCGGAGACAGCGGCCGGCGGCCCUGUGUGCUGCCCUGGCCGGAGGCGCCCUCACUUCCCCUCCGAGCACGUGGUUACCCCCCCACCGCCCCCAGCCCCCCUCCCUCUACAGUGGGCGGGAUCCUUCGAAAUGCAGGGUUCAAACACCAUUGCUUCACCUGGGGGUCUGCAGGGUGCUGAGUCCGUCGUCCGCCUUGAUCAGAAGAUGAAAAAGAAAAGCCAGACUCCAACUCCUCAGCCCAUGGGAGGGGUGCCCUGCGUGCCGUGUGAUGGAGCAAUUAGCGAUCACAGGCGAUCAGAAACGCUGUCAGCUCUGCUGUUCUGGGGGAAUCUCCUGGGCGGGGCUCUCCUCCAAGCGAGGCGUUUUUAGUAAAAAGCAUUUUGCAGUUUUAAAAACUUCCCUCUGAAGUCCCAGAAGCUUUUGAUGUGACCAGAGUGUCCACCCCUCGUUCCUUUUAUUUCUUGGCAGCUCAGUUUUUUUUUUUUCAUUUGGGUUUUGCACAAACAUCUGUGACCUGGAUGACCUGGCUGACCUGGCCGAAGGAAGGAAGGAUUUACUGAGGGCAUUUCUUUAUUUCUUGCUCCGGCUGAGUGGGCUGGGUCGGGGGCCGGCUCCGAAAUGCUGCUUGAGACAGUCGGGCCAGAACUUUCCAUCCCAGAGGCCCUGUUUGGGAAUGGAUGCAUUUUUAGAAGUUAAUAACGGGGGUGUAUUAGUCUGCUAGGGCUGCUAUGACAAAGUGCCACAGCCUUGGGGGCUUAAACAGAAAUUUGUGUUCUCACAGUCCUGGAGGCUGGAGGUCCAAGAUCAAGGUGUGGGCAGGGUUAUUUCCCCUGCGGCCUCUCUCCUUGGCUUGUAGGUGGCCGUCAUCUCCCUGUGUCGUCACGUGGUCAUUCCUCUGUACCCAUGUCCAAAUGUCCUCUUCUUAUAAGAACGCCAGUCAUAUUGGGUUAGGGCCACCCCAAUGACCUCAUUUUAACUUGAUUACCUCUUUAAAGACUGUCUCCAGAUACAGUCACAUUCUGAGGUCCUGGGGGUUAGAACUUCAAUUUAUGAAUUUCAGGGGGGCACAAUCCAGCCCAUAACGGGGGAUAUGAAGUGUUCCUCUCACUCCUCCUGGAGUGCUAGCUUUCUGGAGCCCUGUUGGCGUCUCUCCUUGGGGAGCCCUGUAAAAGGAAAUGCUGAUUCUUCAUGUACGUGCUGCUCACCCCCCACUCACUGUGGCUCAGGAGGGAAAUGGGGAUCCAUCGGCUGGGUCUCUGGCGGGUCCUGCACUGUGUUACAACCCCCCGCCUCCUGGGCUGGGGUUUAUGACACGCCAACCCCCUCGGGAGCCCCCUGCAAGUCAGCCUCCUUCCUCCUCCUCAGCAUUCACCACGGUAGCAAGAAGAGCCUUUCUCAUCUCUUUGAUUUCCGCCUUCCUGCCGUAGAUCAGAGCUGUUGAGUGCAUCGUUGAUAUUAAAUUGAAUACCAAUGUUUAAGAUUUAGAAAACAGUUUAAUAUUCUGUCUCAGCUCCGGCUGCUCCCAGCCUGGGGAUGGGUUCAGAAUAGCCGUUCUGAAGGAGGUGGUUUCCCAGCAGGGGAAAGAAAUAAUUAAAACGGCAUUACAGUGUCUCCUGUGGGAUGCAGUGACAUUACAGAACCACGUUGACAAAACAGCUGGGGCUGGAACGUUCUGUGCCGCCUUCAUUACACGCACAGAAUCACAGCCACUGGAGCCAGCAGGGGCCCGUCCACUUGCCUCGCUCACAGGUGGGCUUGGCGAGAGCGAUGUGGCUCCUUGGGGGCCACGGGGGGACAAAGGACGUGAGGUCGGGAUUUGGAAAGAGCACAGCCUGGGGGUUUUCAGCGCGGGCGGGCAGCCGCCGCAGUUCCCUGCCAACAAGGGGAGGAAGUGGUUAUGGGGAGAGGGGUGGCUCAGCUUCCUCAGGCAGCGAGCCCACUUCAAGCCCCUGUGUUUCCAGCAGGAGAGUUAAAGAAAUAAUAAGAUACAUGGAAACUGUACUUGGGCACUUCUGCCUCCCCCUCAGGCUGUAUGCAUCUCAUCCCCCCCCCCCACCCCGCCCUGUCCAGUUUGAAUCAGAAUUUGAAGCAUGGCCUGGACGGAUCCAUCGAUGGGCCAUUUCCAAGGCAGAAGUCAAGAUGAGCUCUGCUGUGGGCGAUGAUUCCUCCUCUUGUGAUAAACCCAUCGUCCCCACUGUCUUGGGGACAAUGAUUCUCUGGACAUGAGUCUCAGGGUCUGGGAUGUCUCCUCUGUAGGGUGCCGCAUGCUGGGGUAUCUUCUUGGGGCCACUUGGGCAGCAGAGACAACUUUCCUUUGACACUCACUGGGGGCUCCUUGGAAUGUAAGCACUUUCCUGUUAGUCCUUAAUUGAGGAAAGUUCUGGAACCCUCUUCCCUCGACUGACCCACAUUUUCAGUGAGUUGUCCUUCCCUGAAGAAGGACCCUCAUCUAUAGGAACUAAAUGAAAGCAGGAUCAUUUGCGCCCAUGCAGCCCCGGCCCCGGCGCACGAAAGCCUCGGGGUCUGCGAGGCCUGCGUGAACGCCUGGGCGAGGGCGAGAGAUGUUGACUUCCUUGUGUGCUUCUCCGUGUGGCGUGUCGUUGAAGCCCCCUGCCCCCCACUGGCCUUGGGGAACCUGCUUGCAGCCCUGGUUCCUCUUUAACAACCACAGGGUGUUAUGCAAGCACUGAGCCCAGAGCCCCGUGUAUCCUGUUGUCCUAAUUGGAUGUGACAAAGAGCUGUGUUGUUUUAAAGCAACUGAAUCCUUCUUCCACCCGCUUCGUGUGCCAGUAUUAUAUUGUCUUUUUAAUCGUUUUAAGCAGUGUUUACUUUGGAUUUAUGGCUAUUGAAUAAAAGCCACUAAAACCCUGGCCGUGUUGUUGCCCCAGCCGCCGGGCUGACGGCGGGAAGGUGACACUGUUCCCGUGUGCUGUGGGCUAGCACGCUGUGCUGCAGACCGGACGUCGCCUAAGCUGGGGACUCGAGUUAGGAAGAUACCGUGUGGUGUGAACAGUGUGCUGUUAUUUAUUGCAAUAAAGAACUCGUGAGCA